CGCGUACACUUCGUCCGAUGGGAUUAUAUGCACACGCCAUCAGUACCAGUGUGCCGGCGACAACUAGACGGACUCGCAACGCGAAAACAUUUCGUUUACAUUGGUCCGAUAUACGAUCUUUAUCAUUAUUCAAAUAUUACUGUAAACACAAUUUUGUAAUAUUGCUCGAACGAUUUUUUCUCUGUCAUUUUUGUUAAUCGUAUUUAAAUGUACCGUGGCGCGUACCGCCUGACCGUUGGCAGACGACCGUUACUGUAACAAUCGCGCGAAAACAGUGACAAACCGUAUACCGUUUAAAUGACUUGACCGUCGUCGUUAUCAAAUCGAACUGGGGUUAUUUUUUAAUCAUCUGACCAACACGAGUCCGCAGAAUACAUACUGUACAAGAUAUAGUAUCACCCGGACAAAUUUCGUCUCAAAUCGUCUAGUGAGUAAUAAUAUCAACAAUCUAUAAAUAUAUAAAUAUCAUACCCUCUAAAAAAAAAAAAAAUGUAUUUCGAUGGGUGCUGAUUUUGUAUACCUUAAGUACAUUGACAUUUAUAGUGAUACUUCGGUAAAAUUGUGUCGCAUCAAUUUCCAAACUUAAUAACAAAUCUAAUGAUAAAUGUGGAUUUGGUUAUAAAUGUAUAGAAAAGGCAUGUAAUUUUAAAUUGCGUUUGAUUCUAGAAUUUUUCUCUUUGGCGUAUUAAAGAACGUCUACACUGAUCCGUUUAUAUAAAUGUAUAAUAUAAUAUACAUUGUUGUCAUCACUUUUAGUUUCACUUGUCGGAAAAUUUGUAUUUGUAUAUAAUUUAAUUACCCCGAAUACGACGCCAAUUGUAUGAAUUCGAGUUAUGGAUUUUUAAAUAUUUUAAUCGUGUUAAUUUAGCCUACAGCGGAAACAUUUUAAAUAGAUAAUUUUAUUAUAAUUGACAACUAUUAAUUUUUCUAUGACGAUUUUCGGUUCAUCGUAAUUACUAAGCACCUGCCUAUAUUAUGUUCAAAUUUUAUCUUCACGAUAAAAUUAAACAUCGGACUCAUCACAUAUAUAGAUAGGUAAUUAAGUUCAUCAAUCAUUUACCUACCAAUUACCAUCAAAUAAGUAUAAAAUACCGAAUGUUCCCUAGUCUGUGUGUAUGCAUGUAUAUAUGUAUGUAUGUUUGUAUAUAUAACCUAGAUUAGGCAACGUCUAUUUGAUCUUUUAAAGUAUCUACCAAAAUGUAUAUCUACUGUGACGAUUCUGCAGGAUUAAAAGAAUUGUGUAUCCAUCAUAAGUUUAGUUCUAUUUUGCGACUUUUGCAAAACGUUAUUAUUAUACUUUUCACCUAGACCUAGUUGCAACUUGCAAUAGAUAGGCAAUUUUGUCCAACCUCAUAAGAAAUACAUAUUCACCUUCGCGUUUUUUUACUUAAAAGUGGUUAAAGUACCGUAAACCGGUUUAAUUGAAUCUUCAAUAUUGUUCAAUAUAUGAGUGCACGAUAUUGAUUUGAUAUUGCUUCAACGAUGUAUCUAUGUGUUAUAACAAUUACUAAUAAAUAUUUGUACGAAAAGAAUGGAUAACUACAUAAAAAAAAUAAUUUAAAAAACGUUUCUCGCUUCCUCAGAGUGUCUAAAUAUUGUUGUAAUUUUUUCAAACUUUCAGAUACAUCGAUAAUUAUAGCAAUGAUGGCUCGCGAAGACUCGCGAAGAUAUCCAUCAAUCAUCUGAUAAUACGAUUUAACUAACUAAAUAUUUCAAAUAAGGUUUCUAAAUAUUUGAAUGUUUUUUAAGUUUAAUAUUUUAAAUGAAUAUAUUUGUAUGGUUGUAUUAUAAUUUAUUAACAUUGUAAUAUAUUUGUACUCGCAUCGUAGACAAUAUAAUAUAAUACGAAUAUUUUGAUAAACCAUUUGAUGGAAAAUGUAGAAUAAAAUAUACUGUUGCAUACCUACUUUUAUAAAGUGUAUAGGUGCCUAAUAUAUUUUAUUAUAUAACUGGAGUAAAACAUGACUGUUAACGGCGUUAAUUAAAAAUCCGGUUUGCAAAAAAAAAAAGAAACACUAUAAGACUGACCCAAAUCAUUAAACGUGGAAUAUAUAGGAUUCGGGAAUUCAAUAAUAAUACAUUGAAUAAGUACUUAUGAAUUACCUACCCAUUCUAUUCAAUACUAUGUAUAAUUCAAAUUUAAAGUUUUUAGAAACGUAUUUUCUAUUGUUGUUGUUGUUAUUGUUCGGCAGGUAUUGGUUAAUGCCGGAAUGAUGGAACCAUUAGUAGAAUAUAAUCGUAAAAUCCACAUAUCUACCUACUAGAUAUGGUUACUAUAUUUUUGUAGUAGUUUAUUAUACAGCGUUGAAUAAUAAUAUUUUAUAAUAACAAGGAAACCGUAUAAUAAUUCCAAUUAUUUAGAGUACAUAGGUAAGCUCUUUAUAGCUAAUAUUUUUUGUUGGUUGUCUGACGAAAAAGUUCCAGUGCCGAAUCUAGACAGAUAGGUAUACUUACCCUCGAAUGUCGUUGGUAAUAUUUAUAAAAAAAAAAAAACGCCAAGAAUAUAAUUAAAAUAUAUUUAACGUGUCAUACCGAAAUGCAUUUCUAAAAUGUCAACAAGAGGACAUCGGGAAAAUUUUGACCAAUUUUUUUAAAAAUUAUUAAAUCGAAAUAAGUAUUAAAUAACGUAAAGUACUAUGAUAUGAAUUUAUCCGUGUUUGUGUAUCCAGAUGCGCUCUAUAUCUCAUACGGUUGUAAAUUUCGAAGUGCAAUUUUCACUAAAUGAUUAGUUAGACUCCAAAGAAGGUCCCCAUUGAUAUUUAAUGGGGAUAGACUGGAGUUGUUUUACUCAUUGGAGCUUACACUACACUUUGAUUAUCCUGUUUAUGUAGGUUUUUUAUUAUUUUUCUUUACUUUUAAAACACAUAAGGGUGUGGAAUUGUUACUAGCACUGGGCGUUACUGGAUAGCCGUUUGGUCUAUUUACCUGUGAGUUGUAAAAUUAUAAACAUUACCGAUGAUUUUUGUGUUAGUAAUAAAUAAUAUUGUAUAAAUAAACAUUUGUGAAUAAUACGUCUCCGCAGAAUUUAUUGUAAAAUUGGACACUCGUUAGACCCGAUAAAGGCCUUGAAACGGUCGGAAAAUUGCAUUUUAUUUAAUGCAUUAUAGAAAUAUAUAAGAUAUAACAGUAUAUUACAAUCGAUUAAUUUUGUUUCGGUAUUUUUUUUAUUGAAUUCGUUAAUAUUAUUUUAAAAAUCAUGCGAUGGUUUGUUGCUGGGUGGGUAGUGGAUACAUAUGUCCACCGAGGCAAUGUCAUUUGUAGAGAGAGGUUAGGGGUUAAAUCCCCUCAAUUAGCUUAAAAAAACAAUUAUGAGUGUGUAUUAAGUAAUUUAAUCUUAAAAUGUAUAUACUUCUGACAAACUUGAUUUAUUGAUUAAAAAUUUACUUUCUUCGAUCUGGUUUUUACAUUUGAAUAGAGAAAAAAAAAUUCUACGAUUUAUUGACGAUUAUUAUUUCUUAAAUAUUCUCUUAUCGAAAAUUCUUGCGCAGUCGGGGAACGUAAUCAUUUCGAUUUACAGAAGUUAAAAAAAAAAAUAAUAAUAACAUCGACACGUAAUUGCGUAAAUACGAUGAUAAGUAGGUAUACCAUUUUCCAGUAAAGGGAUGACCAUGACAAAAUAACUAACAUUUUUUCUAUUGAUUAACCCCUCACCAGACCCCGCCCAAUGCUUAGUACGUCGCUUCUCAUUUGUCGUCGAAAUUAACAUUGCGAACAUCCAUUAUAUUAUGAAUUAGGUAAUAGAUUUAAAAGCCAGUAAGUCAGUUUUAUUUUUAUUUUUCCUUGUUGCUUUAACUGAAUUUUUAAUGAUAUAAAUUAUUUUUUAUUAAUUAGUAAUUAUAUGUUUUGCAACUAGUAUAAAUAAAUAACAUUACAGGAAAAAGAAACUACACCACUGGAUACAAAUAAUUUUGUAUGGAUGUUAUAACUUAACGGAACAAUAUACAGGAAGCAAACAAUAAUGCGGAUUAUAAAAUUAUUUAAUGAUGUAUUUGUAGUAGUAGAAACUCAAAUUGCACGAUUUUUACUAAUAAACUUGUUCAUACAGUUUUUUUUUCUUCUAGUAAAAUAAUUUACGAAACUGCAGACUGGAAUUUUAAUUGAAAACUAAUAGUCUAAAAUGUAUAAACUUUAAAAACGAGAAAAAAUUAAUUAGUUAAUCAAAGAAAUAGAAAGAAAAAUGGACAAACAGUAGUUAGUCAGGAUAUAAAAUAAAUAUUACAAUUUAUUAUCAUGAUAAUUCAUAAUAUAUGUUUUCGCGGUAAAAUCACACGACCAAUGAUAUAUGGUUAACUGCAGUGAUGGGUGUGGUGCGCAAAAUUGGACGAGAACAUGUACCGAUGUGAUCGUACCUAAUUAUUUUGUCAAGGGGAUGACUAACGCGCGACUGGUUUUCCAGUGGUUUAUCCGAUUUCUUAAAAUGUGGAAUACCCACUCAACUCGAUUUGUUGACGUCACCUAAUGAUACACAAUUAAGUGUAAAACAAUUACGUAAAUAAUAUGGUAAGACGUAGUGGGUGAUGCGAAUAUUAUUUCAUUUGGAAAAUAUAAUGAGUCUCUCGGAUCUAGUAUAGGUAAGUAUGAAGUACAUACUUGCAGGUAUGUACCUAUUGGUUAUUACAUAGUUCCCAUAUAAUAAUAAUUAAUAAUAACUAUUAAAGUAGUAAGCAAUAGUAUCCUAAUAAUAAUAAUAGAGGUUAUUUUUUAUGGUUUAAAGCCUUAUCGCACAACACAUGUCUAUUACAUAUUUUAAUAUAUCCAGCGAUAUUAUAAUAUUUUUUUUAUUUACCACUUUUGCAUCGUAAUCAUAAAAUAUGAUGAAAAAAAAAAAAAGAGGCGUUUGCGACUAUGUGAGAUAUGCGCAACGAGCGAAUGAGUCGGGCAAUUAAAUUCGUAGUCAUCUAUAUGAAAUGAAUCGCGUUUAAUUUCAUAUAGGUACAUAAUAUAGUAUGUUGCUACACCCUAUAAUCUCUCAAGUUUGUUAUCCGAGCGUAUAAUAUUUAGAUUAGAAGGUAUAGAUAAUAACAAUAAUAAAAUAUGUUGAUAAUGACCAUGUGUACCAGUCCCAGUGAAUUAUAUAAAUAAUUAAGAUUAGUGGUUAGCUGGGGUGUAAUAGUUUUUCGGCUGGCGUAGCCACCUUGAAGUGUUUUUAAAAACACGGAAGUUUCUACUAUACAAAACAAUUUAUAAUUAUUCAUAACAAUAUCCUAGGUAGGCGGUUAUUAUUAUUAUUUUUUCUUUGCAUAUAUACGAGUAUAGGUAAAUAAACGCGUUUAUCGUAUCGCCGCUUAAAAUUUGUUUAAAAACUGACGGGGAAACAAUUAUGCAAUAAUAUUAAUUUGAUACCUACUGAAAAUUUAAUUAUGAAUCAAACGCUAUAAUACGUAUACAUUUUUUUUUUCUGGGCGAUUGUUUUGCCUACCGGUAAACUAAUCCAGAUAAACAUUCGCCUGCAGUAUAAUAUACAGAACAGAAUUAUGCGCUUUGUACAAACAACAUAAGUAGUCAAUAUAUACAUACAUAUUACAUUAUUAUUACAGUUUUGUUCGUAUGUACAUUCCUAUGACGCUAAAGAGAUAAAUUUUUGUUGUUUUUUUUUUUUUUUUGUUGUUAAAUUCCUUCUACUCGACUACAUUAUACUUGCUGAAUAGGAUAACCGAGUAUGUUAACUUUAACGCACGCAUAAUACCUUAAACACUUACAGUAUAUCGUUCAGAAUUGUCGCACACUUAUGGCAUUUCUAUAUUUUCGAUUUGGCUUGCCUCGUAACCGGUCGAUAUGGUUUUUUUUUUAUUAUCAUCUUUCAAUAAAUGUUCAUCAUCAUCAUCAAAUUGAUCUAUCUAUAAUUUGCAAUGACAUAAUAACAACGUAUACCGUUUAAUAUGAUAGUAUUACUAUAGGUAGGUAUCUAACUAAAGUAACUUACUAACAGCUACCUAUAUAAUAAUGAGAAUAUUUACAUCACCUUUCUGCUAAAAAAUAAAAAAAAAAGGUUUAUUUUUAAUUACGGAAAUUAAGGGAAAUAAGAGAAAGUUUUUCGUGUACUCAUUCUUUAAAUCGUUUUAAUCAGCUUAUAUUACGAAUACAAAUGAAAUACACAUCAAACAAGUAUUUAACCGCUAGAGAAAAAAAACGACUAUUUUUCACGUUCACAUUAUUUGAAUGACGAUAGAGGAAUACUAUACUAUUCAGUUGUUCCGAUAUGACUGAAUAGUACAGUUUUAUUUAUGAAUCUUGGUCAGUUAAAUAGUAUUUUAAACGUUUACCCGUGGUAUAACCGUUCAAAAUCAGUAGGUACACUUAUGAUUUUUUGGUCAAACAAAAAUAAUCGACUUCAAGAUGAUUUUACCUAAUUAAUUUUGUACUUAGGUAAAUCCAGUACACUGCAUGUAAUAAGUUUCAUGAACUAGUUAAACGCGAAGGUAUACUCCCACUCGGAACUCAUUUCAAUAAUAGUGGUACGCAUAUCCUUUAUACAGCUAAGUGACAUAUGGAUAUAUACUUAUGAUAGGCACUUCCGAAUAGUUUUUCCCAGUGGCGCAACUAGAAUUUAUUUUCGGAGGGGGUUUUAUGAAUUUGAAAAAAAAUCAAUUUCGAAUGGUGUUUGGUAGGGUGGAGGGAGUAAGGUUUAAUUAGGUUUGUGAGCAAAAUCUUUAAAUUAUUUAAUUUACUUUCAUUUAUAGACAACGCAUAUUGGAAAACAAUUUAGACUCCUAUUAAUUAUAUAUUUAAAAUAUAUACUUUACUCAUAAAUACGAAUUACGAAUUAAGUAUCCCAUAAUUCCACUGGUGCUUGAAAACAUUAAGUAACUUUAUAAGCUAAAAUACCUAAUAAUAUAAUUAGAGUAGGUAAUAAUCCGAAAGUGAACCAUUAAAUGAAACAUAAUUGCCUUUUAGGGAAAUUAUAUAGCAGUAACCUAAAAGUUAGUAGUGUGUAAAACCGAAUAGUUAUCAUCGAAUUAUUCGACAAUUAUUAAUUGUAUUCUAACUAUUCGAUAAAUUAAAAACUAUAUUCGGUUACAACGAAAAACUUUGAAUAGUUUUUUUAAAUAUAAGUAUUCGGUCAUAGAAAAAAUAUUCGAAUGUAAUAAAUAAUGAUCAAUAAUUCAUCUAAAAUUCUAAACUAUCAACAGUAUAAACCAGUGGCGCAACUAAGGGGUUUAGGGGUUGUGACUCCCACGAAAUAUGUUUAUUAGUUUUUUACGAAUUUUACGUAGUACCUACAUAGUUGUAUGAUUUUCAUACCAACUUGAAACAUAAUGUUGUAACAUUGUGUAUAAAAAAAAUGAUAACAACUAUCAUCAUAAAGAUCAUUUUCUACACUUAGAAGGCUAAAAACGUAUUUAAGAAACACUACAGGACAGUAGAAACUUAAUGGAAUGGCCACUUUAAACAUACAUACAGACAUUGAAGUUAAACCAGAUUCAGUGCUUAAUGUUGAGGCACUCUAUUCGAAGAAUUAAUCUUAGUCUGUAAAUUAUUAUUAUUAUUAUUAUUAUACAGAAUAGGCCAUUUAAACCUUCGGAAUAUUUUUUGAUAAUAAUUUAAAAAAAAAAAAAACAAAUUAUUAAUUUUGAAUAAUUGUAUACACUAUUAACUUAUAGGUUACUGUAAAUAAUAUGUACCAUAUCAUUGCUAUAUAAUUUCACUAAAAGGCAAUCUGCAUUAAAUGUUUCAUUUAAUAAAAUUAUAAAUAACCGUUGGUUGCCUAUUAGUCGGAGCACCACAUGUACAUUUAGUUUAUCUAAAGUCCAUACAAAUAUGAUAUAUAAUAUAUAUUUGUAUAGAAAACAUUUUUUUUUUUUGCAUUUUAACUUAACUAGAUUAAUUUUUUUUUAACCAAAGCUAAAAAUGGUUUCGGUUAACAAAAAAGUUUAUUUAGCUUAAAUUGAUUGAGGGAAUUCACUGCGUUAACUUGGUCACCCAAUGCUAACUAAUCUAAAAUAAAACUGUACGAUACUAUGAUGUUCGUCACAAACGCACUCGCGGUCAUACGUAUUAUAAUAUCGCACCGCCAAUUAUUCUAUACCACGCCGUUACGAAUUCAUUAUGUACACCGCCGUGCGUGUACUUACGUAGACAACGGCACAACGGUGUAAAUAGUUAUACAAUUAGUAUGGACCACAAUAUAAUAAUAUUCAUUCGGACAUUAGUUCUGGAAUAAAGUAAUAAUAAUAAUGGGGUCAAUGGGAAAACGAUUUUAAAAUAAUAAUAAUAAUAAUUUAUAAAAUUUUGUUUACAACACGUCGUAACAAGACUAUAACCAGCUAUAAGUAGAUAGAUACUGAAAAACUAAGGUUUUUAUAGAUUUUGAGCGAAACGAGGAAUGUAUAUUGGUUUCUCUAUAGGGUGUUUAUUUUUUGCCGGUAAAUAACUUUUAUGCUAGAAAUCUUCCGCUAAUCAAAAUCUUCCGCAAACUAUAAGAACUUUCGUGCAGGAUUUUUGAUUUAGUUGAUGCAUUGAGAUUAUUUUUUUAUUUUAUUUUUCUGAAUAAAUCGCAAUAGUUGUUGGUGAAAUUUUUGUUGAUUUCUGGGUUACCUUGACAAUAGCGGAAAAAUAUGACUAAUAAUACUCUGCAGCUCAGUAUCAUUUUUUCGUUAGGCAAUGGUAUAUCAUUGCAUAUAAAUAUAGAUUAAAUUGUCUGCUCUGUAAAUCCUACCUUCCAAUUUCCCUCUUAAAUCAGUGGCACACUUAACAGGAUUUUUUUUUUUUGUGUAUUUCAUUUAUUGUUCCUCAAAAUGGCCCCUUUCGAGUUUAAUUAAAAUAAUAAUAGUUAACUCACAUAUUAAAAAUUAUUAUUUAUUAUGAUAAUAUAAAUGUAUAUAGAUAGCACAUAAAGUUAUAGAUGGGUAUCUGCGGGGCUUACAUGAUUUAUCUACGAUAACAAUUUUUUUUUUUUAUAUUCGCAUGCAAUACUAGAGUAUUAAAUUGUAUAGUUCAGUUAAAACAAAUUACACCUAUAUAAUUAAUUCUCAAGGUACAAUCAUGCACGUAUUUUUUUCAUUUUCAUUCUAGAGAAUCCACUUAACACCAUUUUACAUAUUAUUAUUUCUAUUGAAUUUACUAAAAGCAAUUGUGAAACAUUAUAAAUAAUAAUAUUAUUAUUACAGCCUCUUUAUAUUUGAUUUUUCUAUGAUGUGUGCUUAUUUUUUGUAUUAAUUUUUUUCUGUCUGUACAACUUUUCUAAAAGAAAUUUUGAUUCAAUCAAAAAAUUACAUGAGACCUUUAUUGUGUAAUUUUGGAUUUAGUUAGUAUUUUGGGAGAUUUUUUUUAAUUUUCUGAGCGAUUUUUAUAAUAAUUGGGAAAACUGACAAAAAAAAGGUAGGUACGGGGAAAAAUGGAUAAAUAUUUACGGCGUUAAUGAUUUUAUGAUCUAUAAUAAUUUUGUCAGGGUUUUUUUUUUUGCCAGAAAUCUUGUUUCGAAUUUCUAAAAUAGACAUUUUUCUGGAAUAAAUAAACAAUUAUUUGUAUACCUUAUAUACGUAAUUGUAUAAACUUAAUUUUUAUUUUAAAAAGAAAACUUAUCGCGACCCAAUUUUUAAGAUUACACGAACCAAAAAUGGGUCGCGACCCACCGGUUGAAGACCACUCAUCUAGUUGAUGUGUAAGGAAGUUGUGUUUUAAUUUUCAAUGUUGUUUUCUUAAUAAUUGGGAAAACACGGGAAAGUUUAUAGCAUUAACGGUUUCAUUAUUUUCGAAUUUCUAUUUUUGUCGUAGAGACCUUACAUUUUUGCAGAAUACGUAUAUUAGCUUUUUUAGACGUAGUAUAAGUAGUAUAAUUUUCAAAGCGUUCUGCUGAUUUUCGAGUUGUUUAUAGGUAUUUGACAUUUUUGAGCUUCUUUAUUUUAUUUGUUUAAUAUGACCAAACAUGUUUGGUAAAACAGAAAUGCUUCAAAAUUAAUACGAAAUUAUAAUGAUAAGUUUAAAUUAUUCAUCAAAAAAAAAAAAAUUGAGAGUAUGUGGUAAUAUUUUUAGUAUAAACAUUAAACAUGUUUUAAGAUCAAAUUUUGACGAAAAUCAUACAAUUACGGAAUUUAAAAAUUCGUGUAACCAAAUUUCGCUCAGAAUCGUUUUCAAACGAUUUUCGUAAAAAACUCAACUUAUGUCUGCUUACAAUAUGUGAUACCCUUAUCCGGUAUCAGCUCUUUUCAUCAGCUUUUUUUUUUAAAUUUUCAAUCGUCCGAGUAAAACUUUAUAGCUGUUUCAGCAUGAUUUGCAUGUUAUUAUUAUUUUUAAAUCUUUUGUUUGCUAAGUAAAUAUUUUAUACAUAUUAUAUAUAACACUAUUUUUUUUUUUUAUACAGCGUUGCCUCCACUCUCAUUGCUAUUCUGUUUUACAUUUGUAUUUCAUUAUUAUUUUUAUUCUAUAAAAUAUAUAUAGGCACACGAGUAGGUAUAUUAUUUUACUGACAACCACGUACCUAUACCUAUCAAAGGUAUUUCUCGCGGCUAACGCACAAUUUUUAUGAUAUUGUUACCAAUUCCAAUCGAAUAACCUUGACCGGCAAUUUAAGUUUUCUCGUGGUUACACCAAUUAUUACAUUUUUUUUUUUUUUUAUUAUUACAUAAUAUAAUAGUAUCGUGUAUAAUAGGUACAUAGCCACCAUAACGCGUAUAAUAAUACGAGAUACGUUCCUCGCGUAAUCCAGCAACGUGGUCGUCGUUGUGUAGUCGCAUCCCACCGGCCGGUAUGUAUGUACAUAUCUACCUACCUAAUAAUACCGGAUUACAGGUUGUGAAAGUGAAAGACUGUAGGUAAUAUUAUUAACGAAGAAUUAUUGUUAACGAAUUUUUUAUUUAUAAUAAUAAUUUAUAUAAACGCCUAGUAUGUGCGUAGGUAUAUACUAUCAACCGAGGUAUGGGUAACAUAAAUUAGGUGGGUACGGUAAAAAAUAUGUGCGUUUAAAGGUAUAUACACAUUGCAUAAUAAUACACGUUUGCGAAAAACACUUAGAUACAACUGGUAUAAUAUACUCAAAUAAGUUUUUACGGCUUACACGGACCAUAAUAAUAUUACCUUGUUUCAUAUUGCAGAUAUAUUAUAAUAUUGAUAUUAUCGAUAUGCCUGGGUAAGUUGUAGCGUGACGUAGCGCCUAUAACCAAGGGCAAUUCUUUAGUGAAUACUACUGCGUGUCCACUCCAUGCUCCCUUAAAAAAUCGCCACGAGCAGAUAAACCAAACCUUCCCUUUAACUGUUGGACCCUUACCCCCACCAGUGAGAGUAUUUUUUAUACUCUAUUAUCAUUAACGAAAUUGUAUUACAAAAUCUAUUAAUUAAAUAUCAUUAACCACGUGUAAACACAUGAUAAGCAAAAUUUUAAUCUUAAUGGAUAUCCAGUUGACAUCAUUGUGUUUGGACACAAAAAAGCUCCUUAAGAUUCAUGUUUUUCUAUAUGCAUGGUUAUUUUCGUUAUUCGAAACAAAACAAAAAAAUAAUCCGUGAUGCCGUUGACGAGUUGAAGAUAUUUUGUUGUUGACCACGAAUAUGCAAAGUGUGAAUUAGUCCUAUAGUGAUAAUUCAUCAGUAUUAAUAUUAACUGAUUUAAUAAAGAAUGCCUUUUUUUUUGUUUAUGUAAUAAAGUACAAUACGAACGAUAUUUUUUACCACGUUUGCACUCUGGUCAAUUUUAUAUUGCUUUCUGAGGACGUCCACUGUCUACAUCAUCUUUCCCGGUCUUGACCUAAUUUCAAAUCAACCUCAUAAUAAUAUCUCGUUUCAAAAACACGCACGCUCAGAAAUCGCUUUAAAAAUAUAAUACGUUACGGUGUUUAUUUUACGACGACCUCUUCCAAACACAUACGCAAUAUCUCUGUCGAUAAUUAACAUUAUUAUAUUUUUUAGAUUCUGAGUGUGGGGUUUUUUGUGUUUGUAAACAACUUUUUAACCAGAAAUAUUGAGUGGCAAAACAAAAUAAAUUCUUAAAAUUUACGCUUCAAAAAGGUUUAAAUUUAGAUUUAUUCAAAUGUUAAGUUCGUUUUAUUUCAGGGGGAUAAAUACCUGGUGUUUUUUGCUACUGGUUUUUUUACAAAAUGGUCCGAGUUAUUCAGAGAAGCUUUUGAAAUCCUUGAUAUGACCAGUAGAAGUAGUAAACUUAACUUACAGCAGUUUGAGCUAGAUACAUAAUAAUAAUUUAUUGGUAUGCUAUUACAAUUGCACAAUAUAACUAAUUCAUAUAAAUUUGAAAAGAAAAUUAUUUUUUUUAUAAAUUUAGGGGUAAUAGCGGUUAACUGCAGUGGUAGUCGCAGGGAUUGACAGGGAAUACAGGGAGAAAACGUUUUCAUUACACAUUUAUUUGGCACUGUCAAUGCCAGGCGGGACAGUUAGUAACUUGAUAUACAUAAUAUAAGUAAUGAUUUUAUUGUAGACAAUAAUUAAUAGUUAAAAUAUUGAAUAUCUAAUUGAACUUGGUGCCCAUAUUAAACGUAAAACGCGAAACAAACGAGAUAACGCGGAGGAAAAAAAAAUGUGCAAUCGAAUUAAUGAUUUUCGUAAGAUUGUGUUUACGCAAAGCCAUCAAUUAAAAAAUAAUGCUAAUCCGUAAAAAACAAUUUGUAUAGUAGGCGUAUUUAUCCAACAGUGCUUGAUCAUGUUUGACACAUAAAUUUCUAUUACAUAAGUUUUACUUCGAUUCGGUUUUAUUUACCUAUAUCAAAUAUAGUACAUUGUACAUCGUAUGGAUUAGACUACUAGGGUCUGCAUUGUUCUGCAUACAAUUUAUAUAAAAUUGAUGUAUACUAUAUAGGUGAUAGAUAUAGUUAUUGAUUAUAGAAUUAGUAUAGUUCAAAAUUCUAUACUUCUGUAUCGAUUAUUUAAGUAUACUCGUAUUUUUACAGUGUCAUUGCAUAUUUGUCUUAUUAGACAAAUAAUUAAACAAACCAGGACACUCGAAGAGGCGUGCCAGGUGACACUGAGAAAAUAUAUUUUUCAAUAAUUUGGACUAUAAUAAUAGUUUACGUUAAUAAUGUAAACGAUUUAUUAGAACAAAUAAUAACCAAAAUUAUUUUGCACUUACUGAGAUAUUUCUUUACGGGCGUCUCUGCAAUGAACAUUAUUAUUAUCAUCACUUGUAAUAUAUUAUUAUUGUAAAAAAAGCUGAUAUUACUGAUGGGUGCGCCAUUAUUUUAGAAGAGAAAUUUAAAGGGAAGAUAAAUAGAGUAAUUUAAUUUAUAUCUGUAUUCUGUAUAUAGAACGAUAAACCAUUGCUAACGAAAAAUGAGUUUGAAAUUCGAACAGAGUAUUAUUAAAUAUUAAUCAUGUUAUUCCCUUUUACACAACACACAAAAUUGCUGGUUUUUCUAUUUAUUAAGAAAACUAUAAGGAAAAAUCAACCAACUAAAUUUAAAAUUCUACAAGAAAGUUUCUGUAAAGUUUUUAAUUGGAACACAAUUUCUGGUAAAAUAGCACACAAACAAGUUCUUCGGUUCGCUUAGACAUCGAAAAACAUUACGUGCGCUUUUUAUUCGUCUUAACGUGAGACACAUUAUUUUUCCUAAUUGCGAUUAGCGGCACAAUCACGCACAGUCCGAUUACCGUCAACGAUGUAUGCAUACUUAUAAUCAUUUUUCAUUUAAAUAUCUGCACCUUUAUUGGGCACCUAUUUAGUUUGUUUUUUUUUUUCUGUGACUAAAAAAACGGGUAUUCGUAUGCAAUUGGUAGGCAUGUUUGUUUUUACAUCGAUAUAUUAUUAUAAAUAUAUACGAACGCCGCCAGACCGACGGUGGUUAACAAAUCGGAGGUAUAUGACAUCAAUCAGACUGUGACUUAUGAGAGUUGAGCAAUUGUCCAAAUGUAUAUACUUAUAUAUAUAUAUAUAUAUAAAUACAUACAUACAAUAUACAUGCAAUACACAGACACAAUAAAAUAUGUUGUUCCUGGGAAAAUAGAAAUGUAAUUUCAUUAUAUUAUAUCUGUAUAAAGGUAUCUAACACAUAGGUACGCCGAAACUGUAUGUACAUACCGCUCGUAUUUGUGGCGCUGCGGAUAAAAUGCGAAAUAUUAUUAUGAUAAUAAUAGUGAUAAACGAAAUAAUAGUAAUAAUAAAAAUAUAAAAUAUAAUAGACGUAACGGCAGCAAUGGCGGCGGCGUGAGCACGGCAGUGUUGCAUAAUGUGGAUCAUAAUGUACGAUUGUGUAGUAAUCGACGACGGCGUAGUCCUUGUACGAAAAAAAAACCAAAAUAAAUAAUUAGGAUUACUCUAUGGCUAAAGCGAGAAAAAAAGAAAAGAGAACCAAAAAACGAACCUUAAUCGCAUCACUUUUGAACCAUGUUAGGUAUACAGUGUGUGUUUACCUGAAAUGAUAAAACUAACUAUUAACUGCCGGAUGUACUGCGAUUAAAAUGUUAAUAACUCUUAUAGUGCACGCAUCCGCAAUUAAACUUAUAUUUUCUUAAAUAGAAACAGCUAUUUGUUUAAUGUUAGUUUCGAAUACUCUUUUAGAUUCGGAGUGUAGCGAUGAGGGUUCAAUUGGUUUUACUAUGAUGUGUGUUUUUUUUUUCUGAUUGUUCAACUUUUUCACCAAAAUCCUUGCUCCGGAGUAUCAAGUGUAGCAUUUUUUCUGAAAGUUGAUUUUCUCUAGUUGGUGCAUUGAGGAGGUCAUUUUUUGAGUUUCGAAGGGCGUUUCAAAAUAAUUGGGAAAAACCCGAAAGAAAAUUAUAGAUAAACCGGUAAACAUUUACGCGCGCCUUGGCGCAGCGUUACCGAUUUCAUUGUUUUGAAUUUUUGUAACUUAUGCUUUAUACCAUAAAUAUUGCUGCAAUAGCAAGUAGUAUUUUUAUUAUUAUUUUUUUUUUUAUAAGAGUUAUUAAUUCUAAUUUUGAUGAAAGUCGGAAAUAUUACGGCUUUUCAAUACAUGUUAUAACUGAACUUCACUCUGAAUCGUUUUUCGUUGGCGAUGGUUUAUCGUUGGUUACAAGUAUUUGUAAAUUAAAUUGAACUUGAUGUAUCCUGCUUACAACAGAGGCCGCACCCGUUUCCAGUAUUAGCUCUUUUUUUCAAGCAACUUUGACAAAUAUAAUUUUUUUUCGACUUUUUUAAAAAAUGUAAAACCCAUCAUGACUUUAAACGUGAAGAAAUUUGACUACCGUUUUACGAGGAAAAAAUUGUAAUAAAAAACAAUCAUAAAAUUAGGUAUGACAAAUCAUGUGGAUCAUGUCGAAAAUUGGUUAAAAAUGUUUAAUUUCGUACCCACUCCUUUAUCUUCCAAACAAAAACUAAUUUCGAUUUGUGAUCGGCUGAAAUAUUUCCUGGUACCAUUUAAAUAAAAAACAAUAAUAUAAUAUGACCUCGAUCGAAAAAAUAGUUAAAAAAAAUACAUGCAUAAAUCGAUUACUAUAUUUUUACUAACUCUGAUACAUGAUAUGAAAUGGUGCACAUUGUGCUAAAAAAAAAAAUCAUUUUAUUUACAUCUACAAAAUCGUUAAACCAUAAUUGAUCCAUUUAUUCAAAUCAAAAGUAAUGUAUACUCGUGAAAGAUAUUUAAGGAGUAGGGGUAAAAAUAUAAAAAUAGUGUUAAAAUAAAACUUAAACAAUUACAUAAUGACUGAAUAAAACAUAAAUCAUAUUCACUUAAAUCCUCCAAGAAAAACUAUGGAUCACGAUAAUUGAAUCACUCUAUAUGUAUAUAUAUAUGCAUGAAUAUAUACAUAUUUACAUACAUAUAUACCGGAAAUGAAACAUUAGGAAAGCUAGAUAUUGUUUUGUUUCUCAUUCUGUUUGUAUUAUUAUUGUUUUACCACGUAUAUUAUUAUGCAUUAAGUAUAAUAUUAUACUCUGCUAUGUCAAUAUGAUUUUAGCUUAAGUUCUUAGAAUAUCUAAACGUCAAACGUAGCGAAUUUUAACGACUACACAACGUUUUAUUUAUUAUUAAUUAUUAUACAUUUUAAAAUAAUAUUAACAAAUAUAAAAAGAAUUUAGAGAUUUGUUUUUGUUAUUUACGAUUAUGAUGUUAGCACAUGAACUGAUAUUACCUAAUAGAGUAACAGUUACCUAUAUAUUACAUUGCUGUAACACUAAUAAGAAAAUCUUCGUAUUAUAUAGCAUUAUGGCUAUAGCAGUAUUUAUAUCAAUGAACAAUGAAGUAUAAUACGUGGGUGUUAAUGAUCAAUAAAAAAAUAAAAGUUAUCCCCUCCCCCUUAUUCGUUUUUUACAUUUUGUCCUCCAUAUGUGGUUUACUUAAGAAAAGGUAUAUUCGUCCAAAUUGCUACGAUAUGUGGCAUAGUGACACUGCUAACACUAUAUCGAUGAAAUUUCCUCGUGGCUUUGUAUAGAAUAAUUUUAUCUUUAUCGCUCCAUUUUUCUUGCUGCAGUGCAUGGUACCGUUUCUUAAAAAUUGCUUUUGAUGCACAUUUUUUAUAGGACAUCCUUCAUUAUCUCGGAAAGUAAUACAUUUUUUCGGAAUUUUUUUUUUCAACAAGUUAUGAAACAAACUUGUAUAUUAUCACUAUUUUUUAUCCACUACAUUCUCCACUGAUUCAUAAAAUUGGCAAAUUUAAAAGUAAAAUACCUCGUCAAUAGUUCAAAACAAAAUGAUUUAAUUUCUAUUAGCUAGUUUUUCAUUUUAUUCUAUUGUGUCCGAUUUUAUAUGAUUUGAUUUUUUUUUUUUAUAAAUAUGAAAAUAAUAUGUAGACAAGAGGCAUAAUACUGUAAUAAGUGAGGUUGAGAGCUUUAAGGACCUAGAGGAUUUUGUUUAGAAGAUAUUGCUCAAUAAGACAUUCACUAACUAUCGAAAAGAAUAAACAUUUUAUAUUAAUAAUAUAUUGCACUAUAUUAUCCCUCAAAGAAAUUUGGUUUUAUCCCUAGUUUGUAGAUUUUGAGAUAUUUUUGGUUGGGAAGGAAGGAAGGGGGGUGUGAAAAAUUAUAUAGCUGAUUCAAAGUAAAAAUACUUUACGCCACCACUGUAUAUUACCAUGCUGUAUCGAACCAUUCGAACCAAUUAUUACAAAAAAUAAUAAAAUAAUAAAGUAAAAAAAAUUUAAUAAUUAAUACUCGUAAAUAAAUAUAGGUACAUAUUACUUAGGAAUAAAUAUGGUUUAUAUCAUAAUAGCAUGCUACAUAAUUACCUACAUGAUAGUCUUAUAAGUAAUAAGUGUAGAUACAUAAAUUAUGAACAGGUAGCUAGAGAUGAGUACCUAAUACCUAAUCAUAUUACUUGUAGAAAUUAAUCAGUUAAAAAGUUAAAAUAUAUUCAAUUAGUUUAAAAAUGUAACUCGUAAUUUUGUUUUAUAACUUGAAAUAAAAUAUAACCUAAUAGUUACGUAUAAUAUUUUACAUUUAUUUUUGUUUUGGAUUUUUUAGUAUUAACUUUAUUUACUCCAUGAAUCAUAAUAUCUAAUUAUUUAGAAAAUAUAGUAUUAUGAUUUAUGUUUAUAAAAUGUUUAAACAUAUUAGCGAUGUUUAAGCUAUUUAUAGCCAUUUGAAAUUGAUGACUUUUUUUUUAAUUUUUACUUAUUUUAUGUGAAUUUGUAUUCAAUUUGUUUUGGCCCCUCAAAAAUACUAGAACAUUAACACAAGGUUCAUCAUAAGUUGUAUUAAGAAGUAUAAAAAUGACCAAAAGUUAUAACAAAUAGUCACCAUGUACUAUACUUGUCCAUCUCUGGUUAUAAGAUAUUUUUUUUCGUACAAGUAUUUGCUAUAUGCAAGUAUUUGUGUAGGUUAGAUUUUUUUUAGUUCGUUGCCGAAAUUUGUCAGUAAUAUUGAGAUUUAUAACUAACAGUUAUAAACUAUUUAUAUUAUCAUCUGAUUACUUCUACCCUAUACCAUACUCAGCGAAAUCAGCAUCCGGUGUCAGAAAAAUUUACCCCGAUGAGCACGAAAAAAAAAAGACUCAAGAUUUACGUUGGGUUCACUCAUACGUUUAUUUUAAAAAUAUUUAAUUACAAAACUUGAACAAUUUUAAAAGGCUUCCCUGUAGUCAUAGCGCUCGUUGCGUAGGUACCUCUUGCAUCCUCCUAAGCACGGCUCUGCUUCCACCCACACUUAUUACGACUUUAUACACAUAAACGACUGGAUUGUUUACUAUCGUAUACUAUAUCGCAUAUAUUUUCAAGGAUAAUUGGUAUAUUUGGGAGUGAACAUAUCGCUCACAUCAAUGAAACUAUUGGUAUAUUAGGUGUAGUUAUCAUUAUGGGAACGCAUAAAACUUAUUGUUAAGAAGUCGUACAAUUUUUUUAUCGGGGUAUAAUAACGAAUUUAUAAUAAUUUUAAAUUUUAAAUUGAAGUCAUAUAAAUUAAAAAUGUUAAUAGUAGGUAUUCAAAUAGUUUACGAUAUCUAAUAAUAACCAUGGCCGUCCUGGCGAUUUGUGGAGUUCAGAGCAGACAAAUUUCGGUGCCUUAAAUAAUAAUAUUUAUUGGCCAUCUGUAGAUACAUUUAAAUAUAAUUACAAUAAAAUAAUAUCGAGUAUAAUAGCCCAAUUCACCACUGAGGAUAACCUUUUAUUGAUGAAAUUAGAGUACUAAUAAUAGAAUUAAUAAAUAAUUAAGAUAAUAGGAACAUAGAGAGAAUAGUAAAAAUAAAAUAUAAAAAUAAGAAAAUAAUAUUAGAUAGAAUGUAUUAUAGGUUAGGUAAGAAACAAAACAAUUUAACUAGGUUCACACCAUAUACAAGUGCUCUUAAAUGUUAGAGAUAUGAUUAAGCUAUAAUUUAAUACAUUUUUUGUAUUGUGUAUAUGAUUUACAAUUUAUGAUAUGAGAUGGGGCUUUGUUUAAUAGUUUAAUACCUAUCUCUGAAAAACAUUGACUUGAUUUAAGCGUUCGGAUUGUAGGGAUCUCUAAAUUAUUUUCCUAACGUGUAUUGUAUGCUAUUUAAAUUCAAUUUAUAUGUGAAAUAAAGAGCAUUUCUUUAAAAUAAUUUUUGUAUAGAUAAAACAUUAAAUUCCUAGAAUAAUUGUGUUGAAGGAUGUGUUUUAGGUUUGUUUAAUAUUAAUUUUAUUAUGUUUUGUUGAGCUCUCAGUAUCUUGUUGCUUGCAAUAGUACCUAAUCCACCCCAUUCGGUUAUACCAUAUUGGAAAUCGCGGAAUCCAGAGUUAUAAAGUAUGCUUAUCCUUCCCUAUAUAGAUUGCCCUAUAAAUAACUAAUAGAAUACAAAAAAUAAAAUAAUGUUCAAUAAAAUAUAUUAAUUUAUCCUUGACGAAUAUCAAUACCAAAGUCAUAAGCUAUAGAUAUAAAAUUAUGUAAAAAAAAAAAUGAAUAAUUAAUAAUAAUAAAUUAUCAAACAUUUAUAAACAAAAAAAAUAUAUGUGAGUUGUAGUUCUUCAGAACAGCAGAGUAUUUUAAUAAAUAGUUAAUAGGUAUUAUAAUAUAUUGGAUUCUUUUAGUGCCUUUAAGUUUAAUAAAUCAAUUAAGUAAAACCAAUAAUACAUCAUAACUACCUAUUAAUAUCUAUAGGAAAUUUAAUAAAAUUGAAAAAUUCAAUUUAAUUAAAAUAAAAUAGAUAUACUAUGAUUAUAGUAUGGGAUGCAUACAUUUCGCUAGUUUAUCAAUUUCUAAAUUAAAUUUUGUGAUCUAAAAGACAUAAGUACAUAAGUUGAGCUGACCAAUUAAUUAUGCGGUAAUGAUCAGGAGUGUCUCCAGACCUUGGUUAUGGGGUGGGGGGGAGCGAAAUAAUUAAAUUUAGUAUUACUGAUUAAUAAGAAAAAAAGACGGACACACUUCGCACAAUGGGUGGACUAUUAUAGAUGAAAAGUUGGGAAGGUAGGAUAUUGAGAAAAAUUUAAUGUAUAUCUGUAACUAAUCAAAUUUAAGCAUUUUCCAACAAAAACGAUUCUGAGCGGAGCCCGGGUAAUAAGGUAAUUGACUAAAGAUUGACCUAUUAAUUAAUACGCAAGGUGCAUAAUAAUUACCGAUUUAAAAAAUUUGAUUAAUUUUAGUGUGAUAAAUAUACAAGUGACUUAGCUAGGAAAGUAUAUGGGAGUGGCUGCAAAUAAUAAUAGUUAAUUCGUUUUCACAAAUUUGUUCAUUAGAUAUAAUUUAAUAGUUGUAUUAUAAUAUGCAUGUUGCGGUUACAAAAUAUUAUCGUUACUGAACCUAAUGUUUUUCGCAAGGUUGUCAUCAACAAGGUGAAGUACAUCCUAUAGGUUAAGGCAUAUUAUCUAUAGCGCGACAAGUAACUAUUAUAAUUGUUUAUAAACAGCUUGGGGCUCGUUAAGAUUUUGAUGUUGGUAAUUAUGACAAAAACGAAUAGGUACCUACGUACAAAAAUUACUUCUUAUUUAUUUGAUGUUCUUCAAGAUCAAGGACAAUGAUCAAAAAGAUUCUAUUGUUUCGGGUUCUUCUAUAUAAAAGCUAUAUUAGGAUAUCAUAAUAUUAUAUAACAUGUAAUAUUUUGAUCACCUAAUCACUCAUUAUUAUGAAUAUAUUGGGACUUCAGAUACUCUAAAUCUGUUGAAUUAGACAAAAUACGGAUAUUUAUCAUAUAAAUAAUACAAAACUUGUCUACUUUUUCUGUUAGUGAUUAUUAGGAAAACCACAAGGAAAAAAAUAAAUGAUUACCUAAAGUUCUAGUUAGAUGCAAAAUGCUACAAAAAAGUCUCUUGAAAUUUUUAAUUGGAGUAAAAUUUCUGAUAGAAAAGAUGUUAUUAGAAACAAAAUAAGAGUUGUAAUUGUUGUAGGUGUAAAGUUGAACAGGUAGGAUACAUAAAGUUUUUAAUUUAUAUCUUUAAGCAUUGCUGCCGGAACACAAAUUUGAGCAUAAAAUUCGGUCAAACAUGUUUUGAAAUGUCUUAAUUUUUAUGAAUUUCGUCAAAUUUGAACUUAGAACGAUUAUAAAAACUACUAAUUACACUUAAUUUUUUUUUUUUACUAUCAAAAAUUAAUUUUUGUAAACCUUAUAUUAAAUUUUCAAGCAUUUCUGUUUUAGGCGAACAAUUGUAUCUACAUAAAACCAAAAAAAAACUAAAAAAAAAAUAACGGAGCAAUUAUUUUCCUGUUUUUUUCCGGUUUUCCUAAUCAUUAAGAAAACUACACGAGAAAUCAAAAUGACUUAUUUCAGAGAAGUUACUAUACUCGAAUUUAGGGGCAAAAUUUCUAAAAAAAAUUGAAAAUAAUUAGACAGUUUACGCCGCCGUAAAUUUGUUAGUGGAAAAUCAAAUAAUAUCUUCUUUAAUGCACCAACUAAAUCUAAAAUCCAACAAAAAAAUCUCUUGUAAUUUUUAAUUUGGGGUAUCUUUACGUUAAAUAACUUUAAAAUUACAUUUGUAUAUAUAUAUUAUUAUUAAUAUUGAAUUAUUUGCCCGCUACAUUAUUUUUAUAAACAAACAUGCCAUAUCACUUUAAUAGCAAUAAAAUAUUACUUUCUUGGUAAAAUAAUAUAAAAUAUUAUAGGUGCUUAUGACUUAUAAAAAUUAAUUAAUUUUUUUAUUACGAUUUUUCAGUGAUGCGUCCAGAAAUGCCCAUGGGAUUAAUCGAGCGACGGCCUCCAUUGGAAACUCAACAGUCAACAAUAUGGACUAGACGCCAACAAGCUGUAUGCGUAAGACGCGCUUACAAGAAAUAUGGACAGAGUUCUAAUCCACACGUCAUACUUGACGGGCUAAACAUGACUGUUCCAAAAGGUUGCAUGUAUGUUCGUUUUAUUAUUUGUGAAUUAUGUUUCAUAAGAAAACGUAAUGCAGUUAAGCUCUAUGUAUAAAAUAUUAUAACGAAGGAAUAAGUAUUAGAUACAUAAUAUGUGAUGGGGGAUACCUAUACGUAAAUUGUUUUCAGAAGAAAAAUUAUUAAUAAUUAAUGACCAAAGUAAGAAAUAUUUUGAAACAAAAUCCGAGGUUUAAAAAACUAUUUAAUUCAGGAUUAAAAAGUUUAGAAAUUUAAAUAUUAUAGAAUAAUUUAUCAUGCUCGGAUUUAAUAAUAUAAUAACACACCGUGUCUGUGAUUAAAUAACGUAAUAUUAUAGACUUUACACUUUAUACUGUAAUUAUCUACAAAAUAACCUACAAACUUUAUUAUACAUUUUAUUUUUCUAGAUAUGGUCUUUUGGGAGCCAGUGGAUGUGGUAAAACGACAUUGCUGAGUUGCAUCGUUGGCCGCAGAAGAUUAAAUGCAGGCGAAAUAUGGGUGCUAGGUGGUAAGCCUGGGUCUACCGGCAGCGGUGUUCCGGGACCUCGUAUUGGAUACAUGCCCCAGGUAUCUUAAAUAAUGUUUGGUUAACGAACAAUGUUUUAUGGCUGACCUUACCUAACUAAAAUUGUAUUUAAAGGAAAUUGCAUUAUAUGGUGAAUUCACUAUUCGGGAAACUAUGCAGUUUUUCGGUAUGAUAAAUGGCAUGAAUCCGGAACAAGUAGAUGAAAAAAUAGAAUUUUUACUUAAAUUUUUACAAUUGCCUCCAGCCAGUCGACCAGUAAAAAAUUUGAGGUAUUUGAUUUAUCUAAAUACAUUUUAUGUACCUACAGGUUUUUAUCGGCUUAAUAAUGUUAAAAAUUACUCGUAUUUAUUUUGUUUGGGUUUUUUGAACUUGUACAGUGGUGGACAACAACGAAGAGUUUCUUUUGCUGCAGCAUUGUUACACAAUCCCGAAUUACUGAUUUUAGAUGAACCAACAGUUGGAGUCGACCCAGUUCUACGACAAGGGUUUGUUUAAUAUAAUAUUAACUGUCGUUAAAUUCAUCUAUACAUUAUAAACAUUAUGCUAUUUUUUUUAAAAUACAGAAUAUGGGACCAUUUAGUUCAUUUAACUAAGGACGGAGGAACAACCGUUAUUAUAACGACACAUUACAUUGAUGAAACUAGACAAGCGCAUAUGGUAAUAUUGACAAUUGCAUUGUAUUAAUUAUAAUUAAUAAUACUGACAAAUAUCGCAUUGGUCAUCAGAGGCGGACUAAGAUUUGAAAACUGUUUGAAAAUGAAGAUUUGAAAAUCUAGAGACCCAAGAAUUUUUCAGGGAUAACUUAUUUAUAUGCAAAUUUAAUUAGGUACUAAUAGUAAAAAGGCAUUAAGUAACAUAUAUUUUAUAAAAAUUAUGAUCCAACUAAUUCAAUCUCCAAAAAAUUUUAAAUACAAAAUUCACAAUAAAUUUUGAUAUUUUAAUGCGCCACGUAACAAUUUUUUUUUUAUUUACGCUUAAUUCGUUUUUGGUGCUGCAUAAAUGAAAAUUAUAUACUUAUUCAUUACAUAUACCUACUUUAAAAAACAAUUUUAUUAAAAAUACGUUUAAUGUUGCACACAUUUUAAUAAUUGUAUUUUAGUCUCUAGGAGGAACAAUAAGGAAUAUAUAGGUUUAUAAGCAGCCAAGAUAUCAAGGGUCAAUUUGUCAUAACCAAAUAUAAUGGUAGCUCCCUAUGAGAGUAACAACAAUGAGAUGGUCACUCUCUGAUUAUAUACAAAGGUUCUAAUAAUAGGACAUGGAACAUAGACAUAUAAAGAAAUGAACUGCACGUAGAGAGAGUAAACUAAUAUUAACCGAUAACCAUAGACAUAUAAAUAAAUUUAUCUUUAUAUCUCAUACUAUUACCAUACAUAUCCCAUACUAUUUAAUCGGCAAAUUACCCAUAAAAAGAACGUAUAAAACCUUGGACGUUUUGAUUUUGCUAUUACGACCGUGAGAAGUAACAAUUCAGUCUUGUUUUAUUCAUAGCAAGGACGAACUGGGAAUAAAAAUCAGCCACAGUAAAACAAAAAAUUUGGACCAAAACAUUCAAUAAUAAGGGUAAACAACAUAUAAUAGAAACAGUUUUUUGGUAAUUUUAAACAAAAAUUAUUAUUUCUCUAUCUAAAUAUACAAACGUUUACGUUUAUUCGAUUAAAAUUCAUCAGCUCAAAAUUAUCUCCCCGUGGCCUCCCACUGAUCCCCCCAGAUUAGAAUACUCCCAAGUUACCACUACUUGUUGUAAGAACUAAGAGGUGACAAAUGGGGUUGCCCGGUUGCGUCAGAUCGACAGCCAGUGUAAAAUUUGUCAAAAAUUAUAAGGAGUUUUAAACAUGACUUUUCACCUAACUUUUCACCUACAAUAGUAACCCAUCCAUCGUGUGAAGUAUGUCCGUUGGUUUUUUAUCUUGAUUAUAACACAAAAACAAAUCAAAAAUAGUAAUAUAAACUGUUAUAUGUUGGAAGGUAUUCCGUAUAUAUUCCCGUUUCCCCCAAUUAUAUAGAGAACUACGGGAAAUAUCGAAAAAUAAUUAUUUAAAUACACCAAGAAGACAAAAUUUUCCACCAGAAACUACAUAUGAGAUUUCCGGUAGAAAUUUGUAAAUUAGAAAUUAGUGAUAUAAAAAAAACACAUCAGUACCUACCUACCUAUAUGUAUGUGCAUAUUUCUCGCGAAUCUUAAAACCAACAUUAGAAAUAAAUCACUGGCCCUGUACUCAUCCCAUAACAUAUUUAUCGUACAUUUAUGUUGAACAUUAGUAUUCAAUUUUAACAGAUUGGUUUAAUGAGAGGUGGAAAAUUCUUGGCCGAAGAAUCACCUACAUCAUUAUUACAUAAGUACAAUUGUCAGUCACUAGAAGACGUUUUCCUAAAACUCAGCGUUAUUCAAAACCGUGGAAAACGGAGACGAAGUAGCAUUUUACAUGACAUCACAGCCGCCAUUGCUGUACCGGUAAAGAAAAAAUACAAUAUAAAGCAUUACACUUAAUUAAAAAAAUUGAUAAACUAAUAGAAAUCAAUUAACUCUCAUAUGACUUUUUUCAUAGGAAACGUCACCUGUACCUGCAGUCGAAGCGCUAAACUCGAUAUGCGAUAAUACGUCGGAAAUGAGCGGAGAAUUUGGAGACAGCAUAAGUCCAGUACCACUUAGUAAACGUAUGUCUAUAUGUUCAAUGCAAGUCAACAAUGUGGAAAUGGAACUUCCACCAGAGGCCAACAUAAAAAUGUCACUUUUUGACAGAUGCAAACUAUAUCAAUCGCAUCACAUGCGAGCGCUGAUAUGGAAAAACUUCCUAUGGAUGUGGAGAAAUGUGGCGUAAGUGAUAUAUAAUGGUGUUAAGACGUUAAGUAGGUACAAUAGAACAUAUUUGUGUGUAAAUAAUAUACAUAUUUUUUCUAAAUUUUUAUUGAAUUGAAUGUAAUUGAAUAUCUUUGCUAAAAUAAUGUUAAGUUAUAAAAUUGCAAAAUUUUUUGUUAGAUAUGUAUCUACCCAAUAAGUGCCCACCUAGUAAAUAUUAAUAAAAAAAUAUCUAUUAUUAGCUUGCUACUAGCAUUUCUAGGUAAGUGCAUUAUUGUAUCAAUAUAUUAGUAAAUGUAUAACCUUGGUUUAAUCUGGUAAAAAAAUAUAACAAAAAGUUGUAGUGUAAAAAUAAAUUCAUAUUAUAUGUUUUGGGUACCUACCUAGGUACUUACAAUAAAUUUCAAUUGCCUAUACCCGUUGUUAAAUUGAAUUAUUUGAAUAGAAUUACUAUAUUAUAAAUUACAAUUUAAUAAGGAAAUAAGAAAUGAUAAAAAAUAAGAUUUUUUUUUUUAAUAGAGAAUAUUAUUAUCCAAGACAAAGAAUAGCAUUACUACUACAAAGGAUAAAUUAUUAAUCAUAAAAAUUUUGUUUGUCAUUCAGAAACUAAUAAAAUGACUUAUGAAAAAAAUAUGAAUUAACUAUUAUAAAAUCAUAUUAAGUUGUUACGUUCUGUCAAUAAUUUUAUAGUAAUAAUAUUAUAUUAUGGUAUUUUGAGUACCUACCCAACUUUAUGUAUCCAUUAUACUUUUUCCUGAAUAUUUGUUUUUGAAGUUAUUAUAAUAUAGAAAACUAAUGUGCAUUAUAUUUUUUAUUCACAGGGUAAUGAUGUUUAUUGUAGGACUUCCAGUAGCGCAAAUUGUUCUAUUCUGUUUAUCUAUUGGCAAAGAUCCGUACGGACUGCACUUGGCCAUCGUCAAUCAUGAAACAAAUAACAAGACCUGCCCACCAACUGAUUCUUGCGAGUUAACUCAACUCAGUUGCCAAUAUUUAUAUCAAAUUGAACUACGUCGACAAGUAUUAGUAAGUAAUAUUUAUUUUAAUUGUAAUUUACUGUAGGUCCAUAAUUAUGCAAAUAAGUUAAGUAUAGUGUAUAAAUAGUACAAUAAUAUUUGUAUUAUAAAAAAAAAAAAUUAUUUGUGCUACAGGAUUAUUUUGACGAUGAGGAAUCUGCUUUUCGAGCAGUUAAACUAGGGAAAGCUUGGGGUGCUCUAUCGUUCACAUCCAAUUAUUCAAUUUCACUUAAAGAACGUAUGGAUGAAGGACAAAGUACACCAGAUUUUGUUAUAGACGAUAGUAUUGUAUCCAUAUGGCUUGAUGAAUCAAGUAAAUUUUUAUAUUAAUUGUGAUUAAUGUUUGUUUUAACUGUUAUGAAAACUUAACACUUAUAAAUAUUAUACAUUUUACACAAAUUUCUUUAUAUUUGAUUUUCAUUAUAACAAAAUAUUUUAAAUUUAGCCAACUAAAUUUGGGUAGUUAUUAUAUUUUUAACUAUAACAAAUUGUAAUUUCAGAUCAACAAAUAUCAACAUUGCUUAGACGAGAUCUUUUGUUUGCUUUUCAAGAUUUUGCUACAACACUGGCUGCAACUUGUAAUUUCAGUACAAAAGCUGUAGCAAAUCCUAUAAAGGUAAAUGAUUAAUAGGUAUCUAGAAUAUUUAUUUAACCAUUAAAAAUAUAAAAAAAAAAAGGUUCCGGGGUUUCUCUCAAAUUGUGGUACCUUCUUAAAACUUAUGUGAAUUUACACAUAUUACAUACAUUUAAAAAAUAAUAAUAACAAAAAAUUCAGAAUGAAGUUAUUUUAUACAUGUAUGAAUGUAUGUACAUUUUCCCAUUUUUUCACAAUUAUUAUAAAAACCUUGUGGAAAAUCAAAAAAUGACCUCUUUUAAGUACCUACUAGAUACAAUUUCCUUUUAGAAAAGGUGCUACACUCGGUGCAUCAGGGCAAAAUUUCUGGUAGAAAAUUUGCUCACAGAAUAAAAAAAAAUAAACAUUGUAAAACCAAUAAAUUCCUCUCAAUGUUCCAAAUCUAAAAAUGCAAAAUCUUCAUAUAUAACUAAUAAUAACUUUUGUUGUUAAAGCUCAUUAGUUCAAUGAGAAAUAAAAAUAAUAUUCUAACAUUUUUCUAUUCAGUAUUAAUUUAUAAUUUAUAUUUUUUUCUUAAUAAUUUUUUACUGAGGUUUUUUUUCCUAAUAUGAAUUUAGUCCAGGCGUUUUUCUCCUAUAAUUCAUAAAAAAAAUGUUAUCGAAAAAAUAUUAGUCGGUAUCUACAAUUUUUUUUGAAUUUGAAUUUGGUUAAUCUUUUUUUUUUGAUCAUUUUCCAGUUUAAUCGUCCGAUUUAUGGCCCUUUUAUACCAAACUUCACAGAUUUUGCAGCUCCAGGAGUAAUAUUAACGUGAGAAAAUUAUAUUUAUACUGAUACCUAUAUACAAAUUAAGAAAUCAACAAAACAAAUAAAACCAUGAAUUCUUAAAUUUUAGGAUAAUAUUUUUUCUGGCAGUAGCAUUAACUUCUGGUGCCAUGUUGAUAGAAAGGAAUGAAGGAAUACUUGAAAGGAGUUUAGUUUCAGGUACAUUUUUUAUAGACACAUAUACCUAAUAAUAAAACAAAAUAUUAAUUGUUCAUUUUGUGUAAUUUAAUAAGGUAUUACUGGAAUUGAAGUACUUUUGGGACAUGUGGUAUGCCAACUUUUAAUUAUGGUAUUCCAAUCACUGAUGGUCAUUGCAUUUGCAUUAAUCGUUUUUGAUAUUACCAAUGAAGGCGAUGUCUUUUGGAUAUGUUUAUUAACAAUUUUAACUGGAUUGUGUGGCAUGUGUUUCGGUUAGUAAAAAAUGAACUGUAUAAUAUUUGUUUUGAAUCUUAACAAUAAUAAUAUUUUGAAUUUUGUAUAGAGUUAAUAGUUUUUUUCUUUGCUACAAUAAAACAAAAGUCUAGACACUUGAAAAAAAUACUAUUACAAUUUUAAUUUAAAAAUUAAUUUUCGCCUUAUGAGCAGGAUAAGAGACUUUAAGCACAUAAAAUUCACAAACAAGUGCUUAAAACCUUCAAAAAAACUCUGAAAAAUCACUUAUAAUUAUAAAAAAGAUAACUUGCGUGUUAAUCGGAUUUUGUAACGAUAGAAAAUUGUAUUAAAUAAGUUAGAACCAUUAGAGGGAAGAAUUUUAAAUAACUCUAUUGUUUUUGCUUUUUUUAAAUAUAUUUUAAGUGCUUCUUUUUUGUAGAUUUUAAGUUCUGAGCCCUGCCUAUGAGUAAUUUAAUAAUGCAAUUUUAAAUAUUACAGGGUUUGUUGUUUCUUGUAUAACUGACAGUGAAAGGAACGCUACAUAUUUGGCUAUGGGAAGUUUUCUACCUAUUGUUAUGCUUUGUGGUUUGUAUUUACUAUUUAUUACCUAAAUGUGGUUACAUAUAUAUUAUUGCUAUGACUAGUAAUAAUAAAAUAAUAAUGAUAUAUGUUCAUUGAAAACUAAUAAAACAAAGAGCACUAACUUUUGGUCCUAUAUAUUAAAACUAACUAAAGAAACGAUUAUUAGGAUGAAAUCUAAUAAAAUAAAACUACAUAAUUUACUGUAAAUGUCAUUUUCCAAAAUCUGAAGUAUUUAUUUUUUGAUUAAACGUUUGCAAUAUGUUUAAAUAUGAAAUGGUUUCUGAUAUUUGCAAGAAAAAAUAUUUAUAUUUUAUUUACAGUGGUUAUUCUUAUAAUUAUAUUAUAUGUUACAGUAAAUUUGUAAAUAAAUAAUCAUUUGUAUAGUCGUGUUCAUGUUUGACUUUUUUUUGACACUAAAUAUACAUUUCAUUACUAGUAUUUUUAAAUAUAGUAUUGUACUAUGAAAUAUAAUAUAAUAUAGUAUUGUAUGUACUAUGAAAAAAAAAAAAUUCACUGUUAUAUACUCACUUACCUUGAUCAUAUUUCUAGGCAUAAUAUGGCCAGUAGAAGGAAUGCAUGCUACAAUGAAAUCGCUAAGUUUCAUCUUGCCAUUAACACAAUCUACAGAGUCAAUGAGAUCAAUGUUGGCACGAGGUUGGCCUAUCACUGAACCUUCUGUAUACAUUGGAUUCUGUUCUACACUAAUAUGGAUUUCUGUAUUUCUCACAUCUAGUAUACUAUUGAUUAAAUUUAAAAAAGGAUAAUUUGUAAAAAUAUUAAUUUUUACUGCAAAAUAGACUAUACACAAAUUAAUUGUUUACAAUAUUUUUUAAUAACAUAUCAUAUGAUAGAGUUCCUCUAUAUAGAUAUUAUGUUUGAAUCAUAUACAUAGUAUAUAAUUUUGGAACAAUGAGGUGCAACUUUGGUCACAAUACAUUUUUUUUGUUUUGUCUAAGUUUUAUUAAUGAUGCAUUUAAACUAUUGCCAAAGGUUUUUUUUUUUUUUUAAACUAAAUGUUUGUUAUUCAGUAAUUCAGUAAUAUCAGAAAUACCUAGAAGAAUAAUAAAUAUUAAUAAGAUAGUUGAAUAUGUGUAUAUUUUUUCAAAAACUUCAUGUGAAUUGUCAAUAAUAAUUCUUAAAUUAAUUUAUAAUUUUAUACUUUACUUGUACAAUGUGAUUCAAUCAACUGGAAUUUAAAAAUCAUAAGUUUGUAGUGGUUUUACCCUUAAAAAUAAAUAAAAAAUAACGUAGAUGUAAAAUUAUAGAGCUACUUGUUUCUUAAAUGUUCUACAAAACAAAUUCUGAAAAAAGUUAAUACUUUCCAGGAUAAGGAGUGUUUCCAGUUGAGUAAAUCACUCUAUAUAUUUUUGAUGUAGGUACUCAGAAAAUCAUUUUUAAUGUAUUUUUUUAGUUUUUGCUUCAUGUAUAGUAUCUACCAAAUGAAAGACUUUGUAUUUUUACAUAAUAAAUAAUAUUUAACCAAUCUAUAUAUAUAUAUAUAUAUAUAUAUAUAUAAAUUUUAGUACAUGGAUAUAUGUAUAAUAUCCAUUACAAAAUCACUUUUAUAUUAAUAGUAUUUAAUGGAAAUGUUAUUAUUAUAAAAUAAUAACGAGGGUAUAUUUUAGUAUAAAUAUUAAAUAACAAUUAGUAAUUAGGUAUCACUGUAAUGACUGUAAAAUAAUAAAAUGUAGAUUUCUGUGUAAAAAUUUAAUAAUUUUAUCUAAAAUUCAAUUAUGAGUUGAAUACAAAAAAAAUGAACUGUCCAUAUAUGAUUAGAACUUAUGUACACUUAACUUAUUAUAAAUGUUUUAUAUUGUAUUUGUUAUACUUAUCGUUUUAAAUAUAUCUUUUUAUAAAUGUAUUCAUUUUUAAUUAUUGUUAUAUUUAUAAAGGUGCGUGUAAACAUGGUCUGAACACAAAUAGAUACUAGUGAAUAAAUCAAUGUAAACGGUACAGCUUAAUUAGAAAAAAUUAAUUUGUGUUUAGAUCCAUUUAAUCCAAGACCAGGUAAAAGCACAAUAAUAGACAUUGUCCAGCUGGUAUGCAUUAGAUACAAACAAAUGAAUAAAUUCGGACUAUAGUCUAAAUACACCUUAAAGUACUUAAGUAUUUAAUUUACUGUUUUAUAUUACUCGGAUAUAAAUAGGGUUCAUGAUUUUUAUUUUAUUAUUUGUUUAAUUAAGUGAAAAAUUAAAAUAAAAUUGUAAAUUAGUGAAAAAAUGUAUAUCUUAUGUAAAGAGCUAUUUUAGACAGAGUUCACUUAAUUUUUUUUUACAAAUACUAAAAAUCAAUAAUAAAUCAUUGCAUUCAAAAAAUAAUUAUGAAAAGAGCUCACUGUCAAACCUACAUAUGAGCCUAAAUAAAUUUAACUAUAAUAAAUAUAAAAUAACCUGAAUACAAAUUGAUUAAUCUUAGAUUCUGAACGGAGAGAGGAAUGUAUUGGUUUUACAAUGUUUUUUUUUUUUCUGUUAACAACUUUUCUUCCAGCAAUUUUGGGAUAUAGAACUUCUUCUGAAAUGAAAUCUGACCGUACUGGUACUUAAGUAGGUCAUUUUUUGAUUUUUUUCAGAGUUUUUAUAUUGGAAAAAAAAGGGGAAAUUUAUGAAAUGUAUUAUCUUCAAAUAGCAAAUAUUAUGGCCUUUUAAAACAUGUAUAACCAGACUCAGCUCAAAAACAUUUUUCAUUAGCAAAGAAUAAUUGUUGUGUACAGAUAUAUAUAUAUUAAAUUCCUUCUAUAUCCUACUUUCUAACUUUUCACCAACAACAGUGACCCACCCAUUGUGUGAAGUAUGCCCGUAUCUUUGUUUUUACAAAAUUUUGAAUAAAAAUAAGUUGUUCAAGUUGGAAAACGCUUUUAUAUAAAUAAGUUUAUACUAAUAGUUACCCGCAAAACACCCUAUACUACCAAAUUAUUGAUCAUGUUUAAUGAAUCAAAAUAAAUUAUCGUUAACAAGUUUCUGUAUAAAAUUAAGUGAUUUUCAGUAGAAAAUACCUUAAACAGGUAUCAUGAUAUGAAAAACAUUAAAAAUG